AUGGCUCUCAGGUGCGCAGCUGGCGGCGGCGGCGGCGGCGGCGGCGGCGCCUACAUGACGCCGCCGAGAAGCAGAUGCUGCGGCGCCGGCGCUGCACGGCCUGCUGCCACCACCACGAGGAUUCAAGGGCUCAGCGCCCUCCUGAAGGUCCGGUACUCACCAUGCCCCAAAGUUCCAAGGGUAUUGCGCUGCUCGACUGAUUCCCCUCCUCCACGGGAUGACCAGAACUUAGUUCGAAAUGAUGGGAGAAACGAUGCGUGGGAUGCGCUGAAGGCCAUGGUCGCCGACAUGUUCAGGCCCCUGGCUCGCAACCUGUCAGACAUCCGAUCCCUUCGCACUGUCUAUGACCUCGAGGAUUACCAAAUCGGCAUGCUAUUUGGCUCUUUUCUUGGCUGCGUCGGGUGCUACCAGCUGUGGAAGGCUGCUCCCUCCGUCUUUGUUGAUGCCGCCCUUGCCUAUGUAUUCUAUAAGCUUAGCGUUGUGUCCUCUGAGCUGCGUCGGCAAGGCAAAUGCAACGAUAUCGUAACCCGUUUGAAAUUUGGUAUUGUAGCUAUUAUGGCUGCUAAGGAUUUCACGAAGAGCUAUGAACUCUUGGAUAUUGUCAAGUUGCCGGUUUUCUUUCUUUAUCUUUCGACAUUCAUUUUUGAUAUGGGAGGUAUGAAGCAAUAUGCAAAGCAUUAUUUGAUCUUCACAAUCAAUCUGUUAAGAAUGAAAGGUGGAUUUCAAGAAGUGCUCAGAAUGAUGUUUUAUCCGAACUAUAUAUCUCCAUAUGAUGACUGUUUCCGCAGGAAAUAAAAUAAAAUGCCAUAGUGUGUGAAUCCUUAUUUUGUAGUAUCUUGCAAACGAUUUAAAGUGUAAUAAUAAGUUAUGCAAGGUUUUUUUUUAAAGGAUAAGUUAUGCAAGGUUAGUUCUAUUAACUUCGGCAUAGGUAGACAAGUUAUUACUUGUAAACUAAUUUGUGCUUUUUUUUUUGUAAAGCAUGGAAUAUCCUUU